CGUGUUACCCUGGAGCUAGGGGGAGGCUGGGCACACACGAGGUGAACAAAAACAACAGGGGCGCCGGGUUAUUUUUCGGCUACACAAGACAUUUGGGGAUUCGCAAACGGUCACGGAGCUGUGUUGAGUCGAAGUCGCAAAUUUGAAGACAAACCUGCACCACCACAAAAAGUAUCAUCAUGUCUGAGCGCAAAGCCGUGGUCAAGAACGCCGAUAUGGCGGAGGAUGUCCAGCAGGACGCCAUCGAGUGCGCCACCCAGGCCAUGGAGAAGUUCAACGUUGAGAAGGACAUCGCUGCCUUCAUCAAGAAGGAGUUCGACAAGAAGUACAACCCCACCUGGCACUGCAUUGUGGGAAGGAACUUCGGCAGCUACGUCACGCACGAGACCAAGCACUUCAUCUACUUCUACCUGGGCCAAGUUGCUGUGCUGCUCUUCAAGUCGGGCUAGAAAACCUUUGUGGUACAAACGGUCGUCGGACAUGAGCACUGAUGUGACCGCCAAAACAUUGUGCUCGCCAUGCUGUUGAUUAGUAAAUGACUAACACGUGAUUACGUGUGGCGCUGUAAAUCUAUAGCAAUGCUUCGCCAUGCUGAACCGUUUGUGCCCGCGUGAUGCAUGCAGUGGAUUUUGCUGAAACAUUAUGUAUACAUGUACAUAUAUAAUUAUAUGUACCCACCAUUCGUCGCAGAGGGUUAAAGUUUCAAGUCUGUAGUAUAUAAAAAAAAAAACCAGAUAGAAAGCCUUCUAUUUCAUGUUUCUGGUGAGCAAGUUAACCAAAGACAUCUCAUAUACAGAUACCAUUGUGAUAUGAAUGCUGAUCAUAGUUCACACUUUGAAAUAGCUUGUUCUUUCAUCAGGGCAUUUUGAACCAAAAACACAAUUACUAAUGUUAAAAGCUACCAAUUACAUGUCUUUAUAUUCGUCCAUACUUGUAUUCAGUAUUUACUAAUAUAAUAUAUAUAAUUAUUGUGUUUUUGUUUUGCUUUGAGUGGCCUUGUGGUGCUAGAAAACGUUGAUCAUUACCAUCACUCAUUAUUACAUGUAUCCAAUCUUGAACUAUCUAGUCAGAGUCACAGAAUAUGCAAGAUACAUACGCCACCCCAGUAGGUCCGAUCUCGCACGCAGUAGCACUUCCCUGUGCGUGUUUACCUAAAUUAACAAGUUUUUGAUGAUGUCGUUCGUAAUUCUGAUGUCGAUCUUAAUCCUGUUACCGCGAAGAAAUACAUAGGCCCUACGUAGAAUGUUCCACCAAAGAUUAUGUUUAUUCAAGCAGGUUUUAAAUACUCAAUAAAAGCUAACGUUUUGUAAGAAAAAGUCA